GCGCAUCCCCUCAUUGGAGGUGGCAGACAGACCCUGAGAACUGUACAGUAUAAAGGCAGCCCUCUGCUCAAAUACAAUCCACAAUAUUGUUUUUACACUACUUCAACCUUCAGUACUAUUGGUUUGGAACAAUUGUCCGAAACCUCCAAUCAUGGCAGUUCCCUUCACCUACCACGCUAAGGCGCAAUCCACCUUUAAGCCUCCACUUAUCGCCAAUGAGAACGCCUUCUUGGGCGACGUGCAAUCUAGCGAGAAAGAAAACCCGGACAAGCCCAUGUCCUGUGGUUUCUACCGUCUGGAAAAGGGCACCCCCUUGGUUUACACAUACACCUACGACGAAAUGAAGAUUAUUGUCGAGGGCAAGUUUGAGAUUUCCGAUGAGACAGGACAGAAAGUUACAGCGACUCCUGGGGAUGUGUUCUAUUUCCCCAAGGGAGCCACAAUCACAUUCACGACAGAGGACUAUGGGUUGGCGUUCUAUACUGGACAACGGAAGCAGGGAGCGGCCUGAACAUAUAGUCCACCAGUCGAUAGUUCCAUAGUCCCCAACAAGAUAUUAACAAUUAUCGGGGUCUCCGUGCCUGAAUCCAUGGUUUUC